UGCUGUUGCCUUUUAACCCAAUACUAUUCAGGGUCAUUCAUUACAAUAUGUUCCGCACAAAUUAUGGCGUGUGUGUGUGUGUUUAGAAUAAACUUUCAAAAACUUUCAAAGACCAAAACCAAAACUCAGAAAUUGCGGUAUGACCGAACCACUCCCUUUUCACUUUUCCCCAGUCACUUUUCACUGAACUGCGUGUCUGAUUGGCUGUGAGAAACCUGUGAGCUGAUUGGACGAAACUCUCAGCUGUCAAAAGUUUCUCUGACCAGUGUGGGUCAUACAACACUGGAUUGCCAAUGAGUGCAGAUCUUUAAACCAAGACCUGUGCUUAACGAUGGACCUGCGUUAAGUCAAGGAGUUUGUCUUUGCGCUGCGUGUUUACUAACCAAGGAAAUUGUCCACCUCCUGUUAAGUCUUAUAAAUUGAAAAACGAAUAAAGCAGAUUACUUACAAAAAUAAAAAGACAUGGCAGCCCUGAGCAAUACUACUAUGAAGACUUUGGAGGAUUUGACUCUGGACUCUGGAUAUGGAGCCGGUGAUUCUUACAGAUCCCUCAGCUUGUCUUCCUCCAAGUCCAACUCGCAGGCGCUCAUCAGCUCUCUACAACGAGGAAACUGGAGGAGCUAUACGGACUCCAUGAACAGCAGAAACAACAGCUGGGACACAGUGAACACGGUGCUUCCUGAAGACCCAGAAGACAUCUUCUCUAAAUGUCCGAGGUUACCAGAGUUAGAAGAGUUCCCUUGGACAGAUGAAGAGAUCGAUGUUGUCCUGCGUAAAGUUGCUGGAGAGGGACUGUCUUUCACUCCAGAGAGCGUCAGGAGUCUGUCGGUGCUUAUGCGCAGAGCUUUAUUGCGGAUCUCCAGAGAGGCGCAGCGGCUGAGUGUCGUGCACUGCAGGUGCACGCGUUUCGAGGUGCAGAGCGCGACGAGACUGGUCAUGAGCUGGGCGCUGGCAGAAAGUUGCGUCUCGGCCGCGGUCAGAGCCAUCUCACUGUACAGCAUGAGCGCCGGAGAGGUCCUGCGCAAGAGCAAGUUCUCCCGUUGCACACUGAGUUUGUCUGUCGGAUGUUUUUUCCGAUGGAUGGUGGACACUCGCAUCUCGGUGCGCAUUCACGAGUACGCGGCCAUCUGUUUGACCGCUUGCAUUGAAAAUCUAGUGGAGGAAAUUGGGCUCCGUGUACUGGCGACGCAGAGCAGGAUCAACACCUCUCCAGUGACCGCUGAUGCGCUGGAGGCUGUCGUCAGCAACGACUCGGAGAUAUUCGGGCUCGUGCAAAACUACGAACAUCUCAUCUGCGGGAAGAACGCCAAUGGUGAGCUGUCCCUGCCUGCCCAUUUCAGCCCAUAUGCUGAGUGUCCAAACUCAGCGGUGGAGAGCAGAGAGAAUGCCUACGCACAGCUGGAGCUCAGGACGCUAGAGCAGGCCCUGGUAGCCACCUGUGUGGGCAGCCUCUCUGAGCUCAGUGACUUGGUCUCCCGUGCAAUGCACCAUAUGCAGCGUUUAGUUUCAGCAAGUCCCAGUCUUAGUCCAGGACGUCCUUUCUGCCUGCAGCCCAUCUCCUGGUCUUCAGACGCUCUUCACACACUCUAUUACUACCUUCGCAGCCCACAGAUGGAGUCACUAGAGAACCCCAACCUUGAGCCACCCAGGAUAGCCCUCAGCAAAGAAAGGCCUUUUCCACUUCUUCCUCCUCUGAUGGAGUGGAUGCGAGUCGCUAUGGUCCAUGCAGAGCACCGACGGAGCCUGUUAGUGGACAGUGAUGAUGUGAGACAGACUGCCCGACAGCUACUCCCUGGACUGGACUGUGAACCUCGACAGCUCAAGCCAGAGUGCUGUUUCACCUCCUUUAAACGUCUAGAUUCAAAGGCAGCCGCAGACAAGUUUAAUCUGGAUCUUGGCUUUCGCAUGCUCAACUGUGGCCGCACUGAUCUGAUUGGCCAGGCUAUCCAGCUUCUGGGCCCAGAUGGGGUGAACACAAUGGAUGACCAGGGCAUGACUCCUCUGAUGUACGCCUGCUCAGCAGGGGACGAGGCUCUGGUGCACAUGCUCAUUGAUGCUGGAGCAAACUUGGAAGUAGCGGUGCCCAACUGUUCACCAAAACAUCCCUCUGUCCAUCCCGAGAGCCGCAGUUGGGUGGCCCUUACCUUUGCUGUGCUGUGCGGACACAUAUCUGUAGUGGAGCUCCUGUUAGAUGUGGGAGCAGAUGUGGAGGGCACAGCCCUGAGAAACGGCCACCAAAGCUCAGCAGAAACACCCCUCCAGCUGGCAUCAGCCGCAGGGAAUUAUGAGAUGGUGAGUCUGCUGUUGUCCCGUGGCGCUGACCCAAUGCUGCGGGUGCAUCUGACAUCAUCACUCUAUGAGGGCAUGAACUGCUUCAGUCACGCUGCAGCGCAUGGACACAGGAAUGUGUUGAGGAAGCUGUUGAGUCAGCCCCAGCGGCUGCAGGAGGAUGUGCUUUCUCUGGAGGAGAUCCUGGCAGAGGGACUGGAGGAGCAGGAGAAGCAGGAAAUGAAGGAUGGAGAAAAUGCAAAGUCUGUCUGCACUCCACGGCUGUGCAAGGCCCGCAUCAGAGCCCUGCAGGAAGCCAGCCUACACAGCGCUGAGCACGGAUACCUGGACGUCACCAUGGAGCUCAGGGCACUGGGAGUGCCGUGGAAGCUACACGUAUGGCUGGAGUCAGUGCACAGUGCCCAGAUCCAGUCCAGGACUGAACUCACGCUUUCUCUCCUUAAAGACUUCACCACUAUUGGGAAUGAAAAAUACUGUGAGGAGCUGCUCUCAGAGGGUCUUCCACUCCUCUUCUCCAUUUUUAAAACUAGCAAGAGUAAGGAUAUCCGUAAGCAGCUGGCAGUCAUCUUCAGCCACUGUGUUUGCUCUACAGCCGCCCCAUCUAUUCUGCCAGUAAAGGACACACCUGCAGCUCAGCUGGAUGCUCAUUUUCUGAAUAACACAGAGAUGUCUGAUGUGAUAUUUGUGGUGGAGGGAAGGCCGUUUUAUGCCCACAAAGUUCUGCUCAUGUCUGCUUCACAGAGGUUCAGAGGCUUGCUGAGCCUCUACAGAUGUAAUGGCACAUCAGACAACAUGGCCAUUGAAAUCACAAACAUAAAAUACAGCACGUUCCAGAUGAUGAUGGCACAUCUUUACUGUGGAGGAGCCGAAUGUUUAGACAUGUCUGUGUCUGAUUUGCUGGAGCUUCUGCCCGUGGCCCACUCAUUUCAGCUUCAAGUUUUGAAGAGACACUGUGAAAUCCUCUGCUCAGAGAGAAUAAACCUCAACAACGCUGUGAGCAUCUACCAGACUUCCAAAGUGAGUGAGGCGGUGGAGCUUGCAGUGUUCUGUGAAGGCUUCUUCCUGCAGAAGAUGGUUGAUCUUCUGGACUGUGAGGAGUUUGAGGAGCUGCUUCUGGAUCCCGAUGCUCUGGAUGGGCUUCAGGCUACACUGGCCUCACGGUUGCAGUUACUUUGUGGCCCGCAUCGAGCUUGAGUACAUGAGGAAAUCCAUUACAGAUGUGGUUUUAAUGCUGUUGGAAAACAUGGUUAACAAAGCUCAGGUGUGCAGGCAGGCAUGUGAAGCCCCACAGUCUUUAGAGGUUUGUUAACCUUCGUAUUUCCUAUUUUGUGUCAGUGGCAAUGUUUUAAUGGGAUGUGUGAGCUAUUUAUUAGUUUUCAAGUCUUAAAUGGUAACAUUGUAUAAAAUAAUUUUCUUAAUUGUGCUUUGGUCACAGAUAAUGAACUUGUAUGUGGAUUUAUGAGGCGUUUGAUCAUAUCCCAGUAUAGAUAGGCUUUACAGGCUCUUAUUUCACAAGUCACUUGAAGUACCCAUGUGCUUCAGAGAGGAAGCGUUUUAAACUGCAGUAUUAGCGCCCUCCAGUGGUCAUAAGUGUCCUACGCAUUCAUACAAACAUUUCCCAAAAAUGUACAUAGUAGCAUUGUAGAUACGUUUGUAUUCUCACAUCACUUUAAAGUGUAAAUAUAUUUCUAAUAUUAAGUAAGGCAAUGGUACGCAGAUAUGUUGGGAUCAAUGAAAAUAAAUUAUUUGAUAUAACCUUUUUCAUGUUACAGUUGAAUGGCACAUGUAAUUUUGAAAUUACUAAUAAACAUGAAAAAAAUCA